GUCGCGCGGUGCUGUCAUUUCAUCAGCGCUAUCACAUAAUCAUUUCACACUUUAAUUCUUUGCGGCUUUGGCUCCAGUUUUUUUAAAUAAAUUGCUGUUUGUUUGUGUACAGAAAUAAUUGGAAAAUGCUCUCGCGUGCUGUACGUGUUCGCGCCGCGCUCCGAGGCCUAUCCACUGUAGCUGCCUGCGCUCGCCAUCGUCAUACACAAAAUUGCAUGGUGGAAUAUUUUAAAGAAGUCAGGUUGCUGCGAUACAAUGGUGCAGUCUCUAUGAUGCAAACACAGCGCUUCUUCAGCCGCAAGCGCAACGAUAACGAGGAUGACUUGAUGGCCGAGGGUGAGCCUGAGCUGCUGGCCGAUCAUCGUGACUCGCAACAACUGCCGGCGACCGUUGCCGUGCCCGAUGUAUGGCCCCACGUGCCGAUGUUAGCGAUGCGACGAAAUCCACUGUUCCCACGGUUCAUGAAGAUAGUCGAGGUCUCGAAUCCAAUUAUCAUGGAUCUUUUGAGACGCAAGGUGAAGCUCAACCAGCCUUAUGUGGGCGUGUUUCUUAAGAAAACCGAUGGGGAAGAGGAGCUCAUACAUAACCUAGACGACGUUUAUUCGGUGGGUACCUUUGCUCAGAUCCAGGAGCUGCAGGAUCUGGGAGAUAAGCUGCGAAUGGUCGUUGUAGCUCACAGACGUAUCAAAAUAACAGGGCAAGUUGUGGACGAUGCACCAUUAAAAUCAGUGAAAAUGACAACUUUGCAUUAUCCACUCUUUAAUAUAAAAUUACGCAUCCCAGCUGAAGAUCAAUCAACUGAUGGCACUAAUGUAACUGGCAAGUCGAAUAAUCGGGGCGUACGCAAGACUCGAGGACGUGCUCCACGUCGACAAACACAAAAAUUAAACGAGGCGGCCAGCGCUGAGGAGAUGGCCCAGCGUCAAACGCUGGAGCCACCGUUGCCCAGUGGACGUGUCGAGCAAACGACAGCAGCGACAGCAAAAAAUAAUGUGGAAGAUGUGAAAUCAUCUACGGCAGACACGACAGAUAACAGCACCGAAACAGGCGGCCCAACCACGCCACCCGUUCUCAUUGUAGAAGUGGAGAACAUUAAGCAGCCGGUGUAUAAGCAAACGGAAGAGGUCAAGGCUCUAACACAGGAGAUUAUAAAAACCUUGCGCGAUAUUAUUACCAUGAACCCAUUGUACAGAGAAAGCUUGCAGCAAAUGCUGCAUCAGAAUCAGCGAGUGGUUGAUAAUCCCAUCUAUUUGUGUGACUUGGGCGCCUCCUUGUCCGCUGGUGAGCCAAGCGAACUGCAAAAGAUUCUGGAGGAAACUGAUAUACCUCAACGUCUUCUGCUGGCAUUGGCGCUGCUUAAAAAGGAAUUGGAACUGUCGCGCUUGCAGCAAAAGAUUGGACGAGAAGUGGAGGAGAAAGUGAAGCAGCAGCAUCGCAAGUACAUACUCCAGGAGCAGCUGAAGGUGAUCAAGAAGGAGCUGGGCAUUGAAAAAGAUGAUAAGGAUGCCAUUGGCGAAAAGUAUCGCGAAAAACUCAAGGACAAAACUGUUCCAGAGAGCAUCAAAACUGUUAUUGACGAAGAGCUCACGAAGUUAAACUUCUUGGAGAGUCACAGCUCAGAGUUUAAUGUUACUCGCAACUAUCUGGACUGGCUUACCUCUUUGCCUUGGGGCGUCAUUAGUCCCGAAAACCUGUGCCUUGACAAAGCCACUGAAAUUUUAAACAACGAUCACUACGGCAUGGACGACAUUAAGAAGAGAAUAUUGGAAUUUAUUGCUGUUAGUUCAUUGAAGGGCACGACGCAGGGUAAAAUCUUGUGCUUCCAUGGACCGCCAGGCGUUGGUAAAACGAGCAUUGCAAAGUCCAUAGCGCGCGCCCUGAAUCGCGAGUAUUUCCGCUUCAGUGUUGGCGGAAUGACAGAUGUGGCAGAGAUUAAGGGUCAUCGUCGCACCUAUGUGGGCGCCAUGCCUGGCAAGCUAAUACAGUGCCUUAAGAAGACCAAGACGGAGAAUCCGCUGGUUCUUAUCGACGAAGUGGACAAGAUUGGCAAGGGCUAUCAGGGUGAUCCAAGCUCGGCCCUACUGGAGCUGCUGGAUCCCGAACAAAAUGCAAAUUUCCUUGACCAUUAUCUGGAUGUACCCGUGGAUCUGUCACGUGUGCUUUUCAUCUGCACGGCAAAUGUGGUUGAUACCAUACCAGAGCCGCUGCGCGAUCGCAUGGAGCUCAUCGAAAUGUCCGGCUAUGUGGCCGAAGAGAAGGUGGCUAUUGCCCGUCAAUACCUGAUACCGCAGGCAAUGAAAGACUGUGGUCUAACGGAGAAGCAGAUCAACAUUACGGAGGAUGCGUUGAACAUGCUUAUACGCAGUUAUUGCCGAGAGUCGGGUGUGCGUAAUCUGCAGAAGCAGAUCGAGAAGGUCAUUCGCAAAGUGGCCUUCCGCCUGGUCAAGAAAGAGGGCGAGGAAUUCCCUGUGAAUGCCGACAACUUGACAACGUUCCUGGGCAAACAGGUUUUCAGUUCCGAUCGUAUGUACAACGUAACGCCCGCUGGUGUUGUAAUGGGCUUGGCCUGGACCGCAAUGGGCGGCUCUUCGUUAUAUAUUGAGACUUCCAGGCGUCACAUACGCGCCGAGAAGCCCGAAUCCACUGCUGGAGUGUUACAUUUAACUGGUAACUUGGGCGAUGUAAUGAAGGAAUCCGCACAAAUUGCUCUAACCGUGGCUCGAAACUUUUUGUACACGUAUGAUCCAAAAAACAAGUUCCUGGAGCAAGAACACAUUCACCUGCAUGUGCCUGAAGGUUCGACGCCCAAAGAUGGACCCAGCGCUGGUGUUACUAUAAUCACGGCUUUGGUUUCGCUUGCUACCGGAAAGCCAGUGCGUCCAGAUGUGGCUAUGACGGGUGAGGUUUCGCUGAAGGGCAAAGUUUUGACUGUGGGAGGUAUCAAGGAAAAGACCAUUGCGGCCCGUCGCAGCGGCGUCACCUGUUUAAUUUUACCUGCUGACAAUAAGAAGGACUUUGAGGAGCUGCCCAGCUUCAUAACCGACGGCUUGGAAGUGCACUUUGCCAGCGAAUACGAGGAUGUCUAUAAGAUUGCUUUCUCUGACCCGGACUUUACCGCAACGAAAAACGAAACAAGCAGCACAACUGAGGCGAUGCGCGUUAAGAUACCAACCGCUGCCACAGCCGCUGCAAAGCCGACCAUCUCCUGAGUCGUAUUCACUAAGUUAGGCUAAGCGUUGGGUUGGGCCUGGGGGACAAACACCACACACACUGAGUUCAUUUAUAUAUAUACAUACUAGCUAGA